GAUGAUCCGCCGGUGAAGUGUUUCGUUUCCACCGUAGAUUUCGACGUCGGCGAGUUAUUUCGCGGAAAGGGAAAGCGAACAGCGAUUCGCGCCUUGGCAUCGUGGUCGAGCCUCAGCCAUAGCCCUGAUUCGGCAUCGUUGAAGGAGCAUUCGCCUUUGAUGCUUCAAUCAGCAAGGAUGGGUUGGUGAUUGAUCGAGAGAAGGCAAGGCCAUUGGGGGCGCUGACAGGAGGCAGAGAUCGAUCGUUUUGGUGGCGCAGGGGAUGUAUUGUAGCCCGUGAUUUCCGACGAUGGAGAGGUGGAAAUGGUUUUGCUGGAGCCGAGGAAUGGCUCCCCGUGCCAAUAGUUUCGAGCCGGAACCCUACUCCCUCCCUUGCCCGAUGCCUGAUUGGCCACAAGGUGGAGAGUUUGCUAAAGGAACAAUAUGCAUUGGGGAACUUGAAGUUGUGCAAAUUACUCGGUUUGAGCGCAUCUGGGGUUGUCUUUCCUCGAAAGAAAAGGGUAAUGGAGCAAUAUUCUACAAGCCCUCAUCUAUACCAGAAGGAUUUUUCAGCCUUGGUCAUUUUUGCCAUCGUUGUGAUCAACCUCUGCACGGUUUUGUUCUUGUUGUGAGAGAAAAUGCAGCAACUAAGCACUCAACUGGCCUACCAGCUCUCGUGGAACCAGUAGACUAUGCAAUCAUCUGGAGUUCAAACGACUUUAGCGAUGACUACGAUCGCGGUUGCAGUUACUUCUGGCUUCCAAUACCACCCGAGGGGUAUCGAGCAUUGGGCAUCUUUGUCACUAGUGGACCCGACAAGCCCUCCAUUGAAGAAGUUAGAUGUGUUCGAGUCGAUCUUACUGAUUCAAGUGAAGCUCAUGAAUUAAUGAUCGAUUUGGAAGCAAUUUUCCCACAUCUCCCUUGCCAAGUUUGGAAGAUGAGACCUUCUUCUCGGGGCUUGUGGGGGACAGGUGUUUCGGUAGGGACAUUCUGUUGCAACACUGACUUAAGCUCUCGAGACAAAUUGAGUGUUCAUUGUUUGAAGAACUUGGAUUCUUCUCUAAAUGGGAUGCCGAAUUUAGAACAGAUUCAUGCUCUCAUUCAGCAUUAUGGCCCAACCCUUAUGUUUCAUCCGAAAGAAGUUUAUUUACCUUCUUCAGUUUCGUGGUUUUUUGAGAAUGGUGCUACUCUUCAUAAAAAGGGUGCCAAAGCAGGAGAGAUCAUAGAUGUAAAAGGCUCAAACCUUCCAUUAGGUGGCCAAAAUGAUGGUGAGUACUGGAUAGAUCUCCCCGACGACGACGACAAUAAAGACAGUUUCAUCAAGAAAGGAAACAUAGAAACUGCUGAGCUUUAUGUUCAUGUGAAACCAGCCAUGGGAGGCACUUUCACUGAUAUCUCAAUGUGGAUAUUCUGCCCAUUCAACGGCCCUGCUACAAUCAAAGUCGGAGCAGCAAACUUUUCGCUGAGCAAAGUCGGGCAGCAUGUUGGAGAUUGGGAGCAUUACACUCUGCGCAUAAGCAACUUCAAUGGUGAACUUUGGAGUAUAUAUUUCUCUCAGCAUAGUGGAGGAGAAUGGGUUGAUGCACCUGGCUUGGAGUUCAUUGGAGGCAAUAAGGCAGUAGUUUACUCCUCAAAGAGUGGCCAUGCGAGCUUCCCUCACCAAGGAAACUACCUCCAGGGCUCUGAAAAGCUCGGAAUUGGCAUUCGAAAUGAUGCGGCUCGCAGCAAGUUUUUUGUAGACUCCAGCACUAGGUAUCAGAUUGUUGCAGCAGAGUAUCUUGGGGAUGUGGAAGAACCAUUCUGGUUGCAGUACAUGCGAGGAUGGGGACCAAGUAUAAAGUACAAUUCAAGGUCAGAAAUCGAUAGAAUUCUGAGCUUUCUACCAUUCAGUAUCAGGAAUGCAGUGAAGAAUAUAUUCAACAGUCUUCCUAUGGAGCUAUAUGGAGAGGAAGGACCCACUGGACCCAAGGAAAAGAACAAUUGGGUAGGCGAUGAAAGAUGGUGAAGAACUGAACGAUGAUCUUUUCCUUCAGGAACAAGAACACAUCUAGGCUUCAGAAAUGUCAUUCUCUGUAUGGAAUCAGGUUAAUUAACUACCACAGUGAUCACAGUUUCCAUUGAGCAUUGCACUGCGAAAUUGUAUAAUGAUUUGUGAUCAGUGCAACGGUGGCUCGAGCAAAUCAGGAUCUUAAGCUCAAGAUUUUGUCAUGCAGAGAUUUUUCUUUUUUAUUUUUUCCUUCUUUCUCCCAUGCUGGUUAUGUUUUUGCUUUUGGAAAUCAUUCAUGUAGAUAAAUGAUCGAAGCAGUCGACAUUGCAGUUUGUUGUGUAUUAUGAAAACUUGAUCUAAUUGUAAUAUGCAAUGAGUUUGAGAA